UAAUUAAGCCCCAUAAUCGCAAAAACCUUUCCCACAAAAUCUCAAACCCUAGAAACCCACCUACUGUUUCUUCUCUCAAAGUUUUGGGCAAACCGAAGCCCAAGCUCUCAACCAAACAUGAAGAUGGUCAUCGGUGAGGUCCUCUCGUCAAAGCCAAUCUCUCUCAAGAAGGCCACCUCGACUCUCUCCACCUUCGUCUCCACCGAGAACGGCGCGUCGCCGGCCAUAUGUGCCUACCUCCGACGCGCCCUUGCCUCGUUCAAGGAGUUGCGGCAGCACGAGAAGGAGCUCAGAGAUCCACGGUCUGAGCAGAGACAAUACCGGUCCAAAUCGGAGACUCUCAGCGACGUGAGUCACAAGCAAAAAAGAGAUCAGCCAGAGAGUAAUAUUACCACCGGAAACCCAAUAGAAAGGGACGAAAAACCUACCCGGAUCGUCGUUUCGGCUCACAGAAUUGGAGACGAGGGUAAGAGUGAGAAGCAUAAGAAGAAUAAGCAGAAGGGUGUAUUUGGUAAAUUUGGGGAUAAUGGAAGUGAAGUUGGGGAGAGUAGAGGCACUGAAAUUAAAGUGAAAGUCGAGCCUGAAGAGAAUCCGGGUCGAAGAGAUGAGGGCAAUGUGGGAAUGGAGAGCGAGAGAAAGAAGGACAAAAAGAAGAAGAUCAUAGCCGAAGAGAUUAAAGAAGAAAGUAAAGAAUUAGGUUUAGCCGACUCCUAUUCGGUGGAACCACAGAGUAAUAAAAGGAAGAAGAAGAAGGAGAUAAACGAUGCUGGUGAUUUUAAGAAUAAUGGGAUUAAAACUGAGGACAGAGAUGAUAGUGUUAAAAUGGGAAUUGAAGAAGUAAAGGAGGAGAGCAAAAAGAGGAAGAAUGCGGAGGUUGAGGAGAAAGCAGAGGAUGGUUCGGAGGAGCAGAGGAGUAAGAAGAAGAAGAGGAAAACUAAUUGAGUAUUAGGUGGUUUAGCAAUUUUGCUGUUGUUGUAUUUGGAAACUGGUGGAGAUUUUGUUUCAGAGCAAUCCAUUGGCUUGGCACGGCCUGGCAUAAGGGUAACUUUUGUGUGUAACCGGUAAUUAUUUUAAUGUAAUAUUGAGGGAAUGUGUUUCUUUAUACCUAUUCAUUGCAAUGAGAUCUAGUUGAUGGCUAAUGUUA